AUGAAGAUUCCCGUGGCACUCCUGGCUGCUCUCCUCGGCACGGCGCACGCCCGAUUCAGCUUCAACCUCGGAGUCCACGGCAGAUACGACGCCAACGCGCCCUGUUCAACCGGAUGGGACGUCAACGACGAUCAACUACAGCUGACCCGUGAAUUCGGAUCUUACGAAUGCACCAGAAGCUCGAAAGAACUAGGGGGUUUCCCUAACAAAGACAGCUCGUUCUGGAAGACUCCAAAUUGCCGCGGGAACACACACGCCGACAUCACCUGGUACGAUCGAGCAGCGGGACCAUCUUGUGUCAAGUACGAACGCUGCGGUUUCACCACGUGUAUGAAUUACCAUCGCUCGCGCGUUGGCGACACUCUGUUCUACGCUGGUGACGACUCGGGUGCGUGGCCGUGCCGACCUCGAUUCGCCGGUGAGACCGAACCUUGCUUGCGAGUAUGA